AUGGAGUGCAGAAAACUUGAAAUAACUCUUGUCUCAGCCCAAAAUCUCCCCAAUGUCCGAAACACCGGCCGCAUGAAAGUCUACGCCAAGCUCUCUCUCAAGGGAGACUCCAAAACCACCAGAAAAAGCCACGUGGACUACGAGUCGGGGACGAAUCCGAGGUGGAAUUUCGUCUCUGACUACACGGUCAGCGAGGACACCGUGAGGCGGCCGGGCGUGAGCCUCGUGGUGAGGCUGAUGUGCAAGAGGACGCUGGGGGAUAGGCUCGUCGGAAAAGUGAAGAUUCCGGUGAAGAGCUUGUUCGACAUGGGGCGGAUGUCGAGGAAGAUUCUUAGCUACGAGGUGGCGGGAACGCCGGAGGGGCGGCUGAAUCUGUUGUACAGUUUUAGCGAGACGAUGCUGGUCAGGCAGCCGUCGCCCGGGUGGAAGACAGCGUUUGAGGCCGUAGGGUUCUUGGUGCUCGUCGGAGGAGCGAUGCUCCUCCUCAGCGGCGAGUCUGAUCACGACGAUGGCGAUGAUCAUCGGAGGCCCUCCUCGGAUGAAGAGGAGGAAGACGAGGUUUUUUAUGACGCUUGUUGA